AUGGUUUACUGGGUGUUCGGGUACGGCUCACUGAUAUUCAAGCCGCCACCGCACGCGGUCGAACAACGUGUUGUCCGUCGUUUCGCCCAAUCAUCCAUAGAUCAUAGAGGUACGCCUGAUGCUCCAGGAAGAGUGGUGACGGUCAUAGAAGCUAGAGAAUGGCAUAAGUUGGAAGGCCUUAACACACCGAAAGGUACUAUUUUACCAGAAGAUUAUGUAUGGGGCAUGGCCUAUAAGAUAAAUCCGGACUAUGAGGAGGAAGUGAAAGCGUAUAUGGAACAUCGGGAGAAGAACGGAUACACAUGUCAUUCUGUGCCAGUCUAUGCUACAACACCUGAUGAAGAGGAAGAGAUAAUCGCGGUCGACAGUGCCGAGAUCUGGAUCGGCAAGCUCGACAAUCCAGCUUUUGUUGGACACGAACCUAUCGACGAGCUCGCUGAGACAAUAUUCCAACGACAUGGACCAUCAGGUCCGAAUAAAGAAUACCUUUACAAGCUAGCGGAAUCAGUCAGACACCUGUAUCCUCAUGUACGUGAUGAUUACCUAUUCGGGCUUGAAGCCUCUGUGCGAGCUCUUGAGGUGAAGAAUUGA